AUGUGUGGAAUAUUCGCAUACAUCAACCACUUGGUACCAAAACAGCGUAAGGUUAUCUUGGAGACGCUGAUCAAUGGCCUGAAACGUCUGGAGUACAGGGGCUAUGACUCGGCAGGUGUUGCGAUCGAAGGGAGGAACGUCAGCCCUACAGAUGAUAAGAAGUGCCAUACGAGCCGUAUCAUCAAGAAACAGGGAAAGGUUAAGGCCCUGGAGGAGGAGAUCGCCAUGCAAGAGGAUCUGGACUUGGAUGUGGAGUUUGACAUACACUGCGGCAUCGCCCACACUCGCUGGGCGACCCACGGUGUGCCUAAUGAGAUCAACAGUCAUCCCCAGCGGUCCGGAGAAAACAACGAGUUCUUGGUGAUUCACAACGGGAUCAUCACCAACUACAAGGACAUCAAGACCUUCCUGCUGAGCAAAGGCUUCACCUUCGAGUCGGACACCGACACCGAAGUCAUCGCCAAACUCAUCAAGUACAUCUACGACACGCGAGAGGACACGCACUUGUCCUUCCGAGAACUGGUGGAAAGUGCCAUUGUUCAGCUGGAGGGUGCCUUUGCACUGGCUUUCAUGAGCACCAACUUCCCUGGCCAGUGUGUGGCCUCGAGGCGGGGUAGCCCCCUGCUCAUCGGGAUCAAGACCAAACAGAAGCUGAACAGCGACUACGUGCCGAUCCUGUACAAAGAGAAAGAACGCAGAUCGACAAAUCCAAAUCCAGAAACUCUGGAGCGGUCGGCCAGCAUGAGUAACUUUGAGAUUAUGGGCGAGUCCAAGGAGGCCGAGUACUUCUUUGCAAGCGACGCCAGCGCCGUCAUCGAGCACACCAACCGAGUCAUCUACCUGGAGGACAACGACGUAGCAGCGGUGCAAGACGGAUGCCUGUCGAUUCACCGAAUCAAGAAGGAGGAAGGCGAUCUGAUGUCCCGCGAGGUACAGACCCUCAAGAUGGAGCUCCAGCAGAUUAUGAAGGGGAACUACAACUACUUCAUGCAGAAGGAGAUAUUUGAGCAGCCAGAGAGCGUUAUCAACACCAUGAGGGGACGACUCAACUUUGAUGACCACAUAGUGAAUCUUGGCGGUUUGAAGAACUACCUGUUAGACGUCAAUCGCUGCCGUAGACUGAUCUUCAUCGCCUGUGGAACGAGUUACCACUCGGCCAUGGCUACGCGACAACUCAUGGAGGAGUUGACCCAGCUGCCAGUCAUGAUAGAGCUGUCCAGCGACUUCCUGGAUCGUCGCACGCCCAUCUUCAGGGACGACGUCUGCUUCUUCAUCAGCCAGUCAGGUGAGACUGCCGAUACUCUGAAUGCCCUGCGUUACUGCAAGGGAAACGGCGCCCUCCUGGUAGGAAUCACAAACACUGUCGGCAGCACCAUCUCUAGGGAGACGCACUGCGGUGUUCACAUCAACGCUGGACCUGAAAUCGGUGUGGCUAGCACCAAGGCUUACACCAGUCAGUUCAUCUCCUUGGUCAUGUUCGCGCUCAUGAUGAACCAGGACCGACUGUCUGGAGUAGAGAGGCGAAAGAACAUCAUUUCAGAUCUCAAGAGGUUACCUGAUCUGAUCAAGGAAGUUCUACAGAUGGAUGAUAAGAUCAAGAAGCUCGCUGAGGAGUUGCAAGAAGAGAAGAGCAUUCUGCUGAUGGGGCGGGGCUUCAACUUUGCCACAUGUCUGGAAGGGGCAUUGAAAAUCAAGGAGUUAUGUUACCUGCACUCAGAGGGGAUCCUGGCCGGCGAAUUAAAGCACGGUCCCCUGGCACUAGUGGACGAAGACAUGCCAGUCAUACUGAUCGCAAUGAAAGAUGGAACUUACACGAAAUGCCAGAAUGCUCUUCAUGAAGUGCUGGCAAGAAAGUGUCGGCCUAUCGUCAUCUGCGACAAGAACGACGCGGAGAUGCAGCGUAUGGCCUCGCGUUCCAUCGGAAUCCCGGGCUGCGUUGACUGCCUGCAGGGAAUCCUGAGCGUCAUUCCGCUACAACUGCUAGCAUUCCACAUCGCCGUGCUGCGCGGAUUUGACGUUGAUUGCCCUCGUAAUUUGGCCAAGUCUGUCACGGUGGAGUGAGGGCGCCAGACGUCGAUGCUGUUCUUUAUGGGCCAACGGGAUCAUGUGCAAGUGUUAUGGUGACAUAAGCUUCCUGACUUUCCCCAAUCAAAUUUUAAAUAGAGAAUCAUCGUUACAGUAGAGUGUUUUGGGGUUACUGAGUUAUUUGCCAAAUUUUUUUAAAGGUAUUUUGGUGUGUAUACCAGCCGGAGAACAUUGACAAAUGAAAAGUAAACGCUUUAACGAUGGAUACCGAAAUAAAUGUGAGAUUUAAAAAAAAAUUAAGCUUUUUGAAAAAUGUCAGUAGUCCAACAGUUCUUCGCUACAACUUUGAUCACAAUAUGUCAUUUGUAGCGAUUAGGGUAUCGGACAAAAUAAUUCCAUUUUCUUCUUUUCUGUUUACCAUGGGUGUAUGUUUUCUAUUCCAAAGAUUGUAACAAAACUAAGGUUAGAAACAAGUUUUAGCAGUGAGCGGCUUUGAUGCAGGGUGAGUGAUUUAUAGGGAAAUGUACUUAAUAUUUCUUUGCGUGACUUAAAGGGUAUUUUCUGGGCCAGUAAUUUCACUAUUGUGAGUGGCGGUUUUGACUUCAUUUGUAUCUGGACAUUUGUAUGAUUUUCAAAACAAGUAGCAAAUAUGCUAUAUGACAAUACUUAAAGUACUGAAGAAUUCUUUGGGAUUUUUUUUUUACAUAAUAAGCUUGGCAGACCUAGGAAUUUAAUUAAUCUCCACAAGUAAAAAA